UAGGGAGGAGGGCGGCGACUGGAGAGCGGCGAGCGGCGCGGGACGCGGAUCCGCUUUCACUUUUUCCCUCCCGAGUGCCCCCUCCCACCCCUCCCACUCCACACACACCGUUUGCCCGUGAGCCUGGGGAACUUGCAGCUUAAAGCCAGCCACCCCCACGGCAACAUGUACCCCAGCAACAAGAAGAAAAAGGUGUGGAGAGAGGAGAAAGAACGUUUACUGAAGAUGACCUUAGAGGAGAGACGCAAAGAAUACAUAAGGGACUAUGUUCCCCUGAACACCAUCCUAUCCUGGAAGGAGGAGAUGAAGGGCAAGAGCCAAAAUGAUGAAGAAAAUACUCAGGAAAUAUCACAGGUGAAGAAAAGUUUGAGUGAAAAAGUUUCUCUCUAUAGAGGUGACAUCACAUUGCUAGAAGUAGAUGCUAUAGUUAAUGCAGCAAAUGCCAGUCUUCUUGGAGGAGGAGGUGUGGAUGGCUGUAUUCAUAGAGCAGCUGGCCCCUGUUUGCUAGCUGAGUGUAGGAACCUGAAUGGCUGUGAUACUGGAAAUGCAAAAAUCACAUGUGGCUAUGACCUGCCUGCAAAAUAUGUCAUCCAUACUGUAGGGCCAAUAGCCAGAGGCCAUAUUAGCGGUUCCCACAAGGAAGACCUUGCAAAUUGCUAUAAAUCAUCUCUGAAGCUGGUGAAGGAAAAUAACAUCCGAUCAGUUGCAUUUCCCUGCAUCUCAACAGGCAUUUAUGGUUUUCCAAAUGAGCCUGCUGCAGUCAUUGCCCUCAGCACCAUUAAGGAAUGGCUGGCCAAGAAUCACCAUGAGGUGGAUCGGAUCAUCUUCUGUGUCUUCUUAGAAGUUGACUUCAAAAUCUACAAAAAGAAAAUGAGCGAGUUUUUCCCUGUAGAUGAUAAUAAUGAAGAAGAAGAUGUUGACAUGAAAGAAGAUUCAGAGGGGUUAGAACCAAAAGGCCUCUCUCCACCUCAUGAGAAAAACAAAGCAAAGAAGUCAGAAUGUUCAAAGGACUCUAGCGAGAAUAAGAACGGUCCCGAGGAAAAGCAAAGUGUGAAAGAAAUGGGAGGGCAGAGCUGAGAAGCAGAUGGUGUCAACACUGCCACUGUGCCCAGCCCUGCUUCAGAACAGGCGGCUGAAGUCUGUAAAGAUGAAGAUUCAGCAAAGGAUGACAAUACUAAAAAAGACAAUGAAGUAACAGAUUAUUCUGUGUGUGACCAAGAUCAUCCCAAUGGACAAGAGAAUGAUUCAGCAAAGAAUGAAAUAAAAAUUGAGACAGAGUCCCAGAGUUCAUAUAUGGAAACAGAAGAACUUUUGUCAAACCAAGAAGAUGACACAAUUGUGGAACAACCGGAAGUGAUUCCACUAACAGAUAACCAAGAAGAAAACGAAGGUGAAAAAGCUCAAGGCGAGGACACACCUAGAGUGCCUGUGAAAAGGGAAGGCUCCAGUGACACAGAAAACACUACUGGUCUUGAUGCUGAAAUGAAUAGUCAGGUUGACAGUGUAAAUGACCCAACAGAGAGCCAACAAGAAGAUUAACUAAUAGCAGGGGCUCAAGAUGAAGCAAAGGAACAAAGAAAUGGAACUAAAUGA